AUGUUGCGGAACAUCGCUGACAUCACAAUACAAGGUAUUGAUGGGUCGGUGCUGGUCCAGGCCAAAGAGACAAUGCUGUUUGCCAGGCUCAGGGACAUAGUGGUGCUGGAUGUCGACCCCAAAACCAUCCUCAAAAAGGCCGUCUCCAUCGUGGGCGAGGAGGUGUUCAGCUUUCAGAUGUCCCUGUAUCCCAACGCUACGGAGGGAGAAGGUUACUCAGACACCUCCAAGGUGGACGGGAAGGUUACCAUGAGGCUGGGCUGCAUCCAGAUCGUCUAUCUGCACAAGUUCCUUAUGUCUCUACUGACAUUUCUGGAUAACUUCCAGACGGCCAAAGAGGCGGUGAGUGUGGCCACGGCCCAGGCAGCAGAGAAGGCGGCCUCCAGCGUCCGAGACUUUGCCCAGAAGAGCUUCCGUCUCUCCAUGGACAUCAAGCUGAAGGCCCCUCUCAUCGUCAUCCCUCAGUCCUCCACCUCACGCAAUGCGUUUGUGGUGGACCUGGGGCUCAUCACCGUGGGCAACAGUUUCAGUCUGAUGUCGGCUGAAGGGUUCUCGCUGCCCGCUGUGUUGGACACCAUGGACGUCAAACUCACUCAGCUCAAACUGUCCAGGACCACGCUGAAACAAGGCUCCCCACAGACAGACAUUGAGAUCCUUCAGCCAAUCAAUUUAGAGCUUCUGGUCAAACGGAACCUGGCCUCUUCCUGGUACAACAAGAUCCCUGGAGUAGAGGUUCAAGGAAUGCUCAAGUCUAUGAAUAUGGCUCUAGGUCAGGAGGACUUUGGUGUCCUGAUGAAGACACUGAGGGAGAACAUCGGAGAGGGCAGCAAAGAGCACGUCAUGGAUGUCAAGAAACAAGGUAGAGACAAGGCAGAGCAGCACCAGCUGGAGGGGAAUGAGGUGGGAUGUCUACCUGUGGAGGCUGGAGGAGGAGGACAGCCUGCUGCUGUUACCAAUGCAGGAGGACUGGGAGAAAACAUCGUCAAUAUGCUGCUCAACCUGGAGAUUAAGGAGGUGGUUGUGAAGCUGAAGAAGUCCAGGUCAGAUCAGAAGGAGAGUCCGUUCCUGGUUCUCCACGUAGCCCAGCUGGGCAUCCACACCAAUGUCAGGAAGUACGACAUGGUGGCCACAACGUACAUCAAGAAAAUCUCUAUGAAGUGCCUGGAGUUCUCAGAUUCCAACGGUGAACCACUGUGUCUGAUCAGUUCCUCUGUGGAGUCAGGUGCUGACCUCCUCAAAGUGGAAUACUUCAAGGCUGACAGAAAUAGGCCAAACUUUGCCACUGUUCACAAGAAUACUGAGCAGAUGAUCAAUGUGACCUUCACCUCCCUGGAUCUACUGCUUCACACGGAGGCUCUCCUCUCCACCAUAGACUUCCUGUCUUCUGCCCUGUCCUCCGGCAGCCUGCCCCCCUCACCAGAGGAGCCUAAGCAGAAGUCUGAGGAGAGCAGCAGGGCCAUCUCCGCCAAGUCAACGGCUCUAGGUUCUCCGUCGGACGGUGACGUCGUCGACCUGAAGGUGAUGAUGCGGCUGGGGGCGUUCAACGUCCUAGUGUGUGAUCAGAACUGCAACAUGGCUGACAUCAAGAUACAAGGUUUCAAUGGAUCCCUCCUGAUGCAAGGGCCUCAAACCCACAUCUCUGCCCGCCUUCGGGAUUUCAUCGUCAUUAAUGUUGACCCAAAAGGUAUUCACAAAAAGGCCAUCUCUAUCGUAGGAGACGAGGUGUUUAGUUUCAGUAUGAGUCUGACCCCCAAGGCUACAGAGGGAGCCGGCUACGCAGACACCUCCAAGACAGACGGGAAGGUUCAGCUCAACGUGGGCUGUGUCCAAGUCGUCUACCUCCACAAGUUUGUCAUGUCUUUGCUGAAUUUCAGCAACAACUUCCAGACGGCCAAAGACGCGUUGAGUGUGGCCACGGCCCAGGCAGCAGAGAAGGCGGCCUCCAGCAUCAGGGACUUUGCCCAGAAGAGCUUCCGUCUCUCCAUGGACAUCAGGUUGAAGGCCCCUCUCAUCAUCAUCCCUCAGUCCUCCACCUCACACAAUGCACUGGAGGUGGACCUGGGGCUCAUCACCGUGGGCAACAGCUUCUCUCUACUUGCUGUGGCGGGAUGUCCACUUCCUGCUGUCAUUGACCACAUGGACGUACAGCUCACACAGCUCAAACUGUCCAGGAUUUACAUGGAAAAAGACUCUCAGCCCAGUACUGAGCUGCUGGAGCCUGUCAACCUGCUCCUAACAGUGAAGAGAAACCUGGCUGCAGCAUGGUACCAGAAGAUGGCCGCCGUAGAGGUAGAGGGAGACCUCAAGCCCAUGAAGGUUGCCCUGAGUCAGGAUGACCUUACAGUUCUGUUGAGGAUCCUGAUGGAGAACAUUGGAGAAGCCAGUGGUCUGCAGCCAGACCAACACACCAGCCCCGACACGACAGCCCUGACACACAAGACCACGCUGAUGCUGAAAACAGACUACCCCCAAAG